CGGCUUACCCCGCCACCGGAACGGUUGGGAGGAUAGCCAUCUAGAUCCCCCAAAUAACUACAAUCAUCAAUGUCGCAACUACAACGUCCGGACUUUCCGCCAUUCAUUUUCCCAAAUGUCACUCUCUCCACCACUGCUGGCCGACUUCCCUUCGCUUCCUAUCCCGCUCGUAUCGGAUGGUCUAUCAUCGCAGGUUCCUGGACCACCAAAGCUGGAACCCUCCCCACGCAGGCGCAAUUGGUCGGCUUCUUUCAGUCGUGGCUCUUUUUCGGUGCGAUCAGCGAGCUGUGCGAUAUCUUCCGCCUCGACAUCGAUAUCGAUAAAGAAUUCAUCUCCCCCGGUACUAACGGUAGACUGCUCUCCACCGAGCCGUUAAACGUGCUUCGCGAACGACUUUGCAGAGCGCGCAGCCAACUGGAUCCUGCAGGGGCGCGGGAAAGAGACAGAAGGCUCGCUGAAUGUCGCUCGACCAUCGACCACGAACUCGGCAAGAAGGGUCCGGACCCGAGUUCUCGCUGUAUUGACAAGCGGAAGACGGUGAAUCUGGAGUUCGGCCGUGCCUAUCAGGCGGUGGCUAUCUUGCUCCGUGUCCUGGCCUUGGUGGGAGAGCCCUGCAAGCGUGUGGGAGGCAGCUUCGACUGGGCGCUGCAUUACUCGGCGUCGGCGGCCUUACCGCAGAGGGGAUGGUGCCCGUCCGAAGUUCACAUGCUCUCGAUGAACAUUGAAACCGAAGUGGCGUUCCUGGCGAGCACGCUAGAGCGUCCCUUGAUGUUCCGCAACCAUGAGGGAUGCGAUAACCAACGAUGCUUCGCGGACCAGGUGGUGGAAGAUCGCUACGAGACCGUCCACGUCCAGUUUGGAUGUCGAUGCGACUCGGUUGCAGUACAAGGGGAGGACUUGAAGGCAGUGUUGGAGCGGGGAAAGAUUCCAAAAAUCUCAUUGGCCGGGCUCAGCGAGGCCAAACAGACGUCGGAUUUGGAGAUAGUUGAGGAUGCACCAUAUCUUGCGAUAUCGCAUGUCUGGGCUCAUGGGUUGGGAAAUCCCCACGCAAAUGCCCUCCCGCGCUGCCAGCUUCUCCGCCUUCGAGGUUACGUCGAGCAGCUGGGUAUACUGCAUAAUUUUCCGCAGCCUCUUACCCUAUGGAUCGAUACGCUGUGCGUUCCUGUCCAUCCCUCGCUCCGCCAAUAUCGCAACAAAGCCAUCCAACUCCUCGCCACCACCUACAGGAAUGCCACCUUCAUGCUUGUUCUCGAUCGCGAGCUGCAGGCGGAGUCAAGCAGGAAGUCAUUCCUGGAAUUGGCCAUUCGCAUCCUGUGCUGCGGUUGGUUACGCCGUCUCUGGACACUCCAGGAAGCAAGCCUCCUUUCCGGCAGUAAAAUCCACUUCCAGAUGCGGGAGCCACAGCCGCUGAGAUGCGAUGAACUCUUAGGCUUCUUGCAGAAACCCGCGCCAUCCACCGAAAGAGAAGAAGCUUCACUCCGUUUAUACGAAUCGGUUGCUGCAUCGAUAUACAGGCGUAUCCCACCCAUCGGCGCGCUCCAAGGAAGAAAUACUUCACCCCUACAGCGAGUCGACUCGAAACUUGUCCAGAUGAUCUCGGGAGCGGUCCGGUACCGCUCCACCAGCAAAGCCGAGGACGAGGCGGUCUGCAUGGGUAGUCUUCUCGAGAUGCCUAUCGAUGAGAUACUGGCUGCCAGGACCUCGCAUGACCGUAUGGCCAGAUUCCACACACUCAUGCGACACAUCCCGGCAGAGAUGGUAUUCUCGAACAGACCCAAGCUCCCGCAGUCACCUUUCCGUUGGGCACCCAGUUCGAUGGUGAACGAUAACUUCGGUUUUUACCAACAGGACAUCCUCGGAGAGAAUACCGGUAUCUGUGAUGGCUCCGGAUUUCAUGUCCGGUAUCAUGGCAUUGUGUUAUGCGGCGGCGGUGUCACCGGCAAUACAGUGGUGCAGGAGCCAUGCAUCGUCACCGAUGCCGCGACGGGUGAAGACUACGUUCUCUUCAGCAAGAGAGUAUUUCCACCGUUUGUUCUCGGAUCCGAUAAAAACUGCCUUACGAUUUCUCCGAAAGCCGCGUUGGUACUGCAGAAGCCGGCACUGGGGCUAGUGAGGGACCUACAAGUCUUGAUUGUCGAGAUUGAGAAGACCAUCAUGGAGGGCACCCAGACUGAUCGGAAGGACAUUGAGUACGUUGUGUCGACCAUUGAUCGAGCGUUCAUCUCCCAGCGGAGCGAAUGGGUUCAGUGGGGUACACGCAAGUUGGAUAAAGUUGAUCUGCAGCAGAAGCCGGUCUUGACAUUUUCAGGGUGCAUGAAGGUUGCUCAGGCAUGGUGCUUUACUUAGAAACGAGGAACAUAUGGCGGUUAAGUAUUGGUAAUUGUGGAGGACGAUUGAGAUGGCAUGGAGAAUAGGUGACGGCAGAUAUAUUUUCGACGGCAGUGGCUGUGGAAAUGCAGGAAAAAUCACUUACAUCAACCGCUCCCGUGCUAUCGCUUCCGGAUGAAAGUGACAGAUGUUGAUGUAUCUAAGGUCUGUGAAGGAUAGGACGGUAUGGACAUAUGGCUCUGUAUGACCAUUGCGUCUCGUCGGUGGGCAGGUAACUACCACCGAAGUUUCCAAAUCGUCGUACAACGGUAACCGCGGUGGCCGUUCUCUCCGCUCAGGCUAGGCCUAUGGUGAUAUCGCUAUUGAUGGUCAAUUUCAGUGUUGCCG